GGCUGGUCGGUGCUGAGACCUAUUUUUUGUGGUGCCAAUGAGCUCGAACGCCCCGUCCACAGACUCGACCGCCUUGACGUGCGCGGCGCCGAUCUUCGGGAAGGAGUGCGCGGGCGUGAACAAGGCCUUCCUCAUCUGCAAGAGCAAGGACGAGAACCCUCGCGCGUGCUUGAUCCCGGGCGAAGCCGUCACCACGUGCGUGCUCAAGACGCUCCGGACGCUCGAGACGCACUGCGGGCCGUCGUACACGGCGUACAAGAACGCCAUGGACAAGAACUGGCACGAGCUCAAGCUCUGCCGUAAGGAGCAGGCGGCCAUGGAGGCGUGCUACCGGGACUGGAAGGCCACGCAGCAGCAGUAGAGUCGUUGUGUGUGUUUUAAACGCGGCCAAAUAUGCUACCGAUCGCAUCUCGCCUCUCUCACAACGACCGCAGGAACGCGACGCGGUCUGCAAUCGUCUUGGAGAGACGCUCGAGACUCGCCUUUUGCGCCGA